AUGCCUCGGAAGCCCUCUCGAAAGAACAUGAAGAAGGCCGGCAAGGACCAGAGAUCCCUCCGACAACAGGAGGAGAUUCCCGAGCGCCAGACCGUUCCUGCCAUUGGUGACUGGCCACUGGAGAAGGCCAAGGAGGCGCUACCACCCUCCCAGGCCACUUCGGAGCCUCCCGCCACCACUGCGGCACCCCCUAAGCCUGCCUGCAACACCUCGGCACCUGCUGCCCCUGCUGCUGCUACCGCACCCGCCGCUCCUCGCGAUGCCGCGAAGUCUCACCUGCGCUCGCGCUCGGGCACUCGACGUGCUGCUGCCCACGCGGCACAUGCAAACACAAGCACGAGCUCGGCACAAGCACCGACUGCGAGGCCCAAACAGUUGGAGCAGCAGGCGGUGACAACCAUCGGAGAUUGGCUGCUCAACAAGGCCAAAGAGGCAGCACCGGUUGCCGCCGACCUUCCCGAACCAGCAGCUACCACGCCAGUCAACACAGAUGACGCCCCGUCUAGUUCUCAUGCCGCGACGUCGGAAGACGAAGUGGCUUAA